UUCGAAGGCCACCCCCCUGAGGGGGCUCUGGGCCGCCUGGGGAGGGCCCUGAGGGACCCCAUGACCGAGGAGCUGUACCCAGAGCCCCUCAGCACCUUCAGUGUCCCCUCCUGCCCCACCCCUGUCACCACCGUGGACAUCCUGGCACGGGGCAGCCAGGCCCUGGAGGAGGCUGACAAGGAGCUAGGGUUGGCCUUCGACGCCUGGGACCUGCAGUACUACACCAACCUCUUCCGCUCCGUGGGGCGCAACCCCACCUCCGUGGAGUGCUUCGACCUGGCACAGUCCAACAGCGAGCACAGUCGCCACUGGUUCUUCAAGGGUCGCCUGGUGGUGGACGGCCGGGAGGAGCCUGAGUCCCUCUUCCAGAUGCUGAUGGACACCCAGAAGAGCAGCAACCCCAACAACGUCAUCAAGUUCUGUGACAACAGCAGUGCCAUCCGGGGUGUGGCGGUGACCAAUCUGUGGCCCCAGGACCCGACGAGGCCCAGCCCCUACGAGAAGAAGGCCUCCAUCCGCCACGUGACCUUCACUGCCGAGACUCACAACUUCCCCACCGCCGUGGCUCCCUUCAGCGGCGCCACCACCGGCACCGGGGGCCGGAUCCGGGACGUGCAGAGCACCGGGCGCGGCGCCCACGUCAUCGCCGGCACCGCCGGCUACAGCUUCGGCAACCUCCUCAUCCCAGGCUACGCGCUGCCGUGGGAGGACGCCGCCCAGCCGUACCCCGGGGCCCUGGCGCGGCCGCUGGAGGUGGCCAUCGGCGCCAGCGACGGAGCCAGCGACUACGGCAACAAGUUUGGGGAGCCGCUGCUGGCCGGCUUCGCCAGGUCGUUCGGGCAGGCGGUGCCGGGGGCGGGGCGCAGGGAGUGGCUGAAGCCGAUCAUGUUCAGCGGGGGGCUGGGAGCCAUCGAGGACCUGCACCUGCGCAAGGAGGCUCCGGAGCCAGGGAUGCUGGUGGUGAAGGUGGGAGGCCCUGUGUACCGCAUCGGCGUGGGGGGAGGGGCAGCCUCCUCCAUCCAGGUGCAGGGGGACAAUGCAGAGGAGAGAGACCUGGGGGCUGUGCAGAGGGGGGACCCCGAAAUGGAGCAGAAGAUGAACAGGGUCCUGAGAGGCUGCAUCGAGGCUGGGGGGGGGCAGCUGAACCCCAUCUGCAGCAUCCACGACCAAGGGGCUGGGGGCAAUGGCAAUGUGCUGAAGGAGCUGAGUGAGCCUGCAGGAGCUGUCAUCUACGCCAGCCGCUUCCAGCUGGGGGACCCCACGCUGAGCCUGCUGGAGCUGUGGGGAGCGGAGUACCAGGAGUCCAACGCGCUGCUGGUGCGGCCCCAGGGGCUGGGGCUGCUGCGGGGCCUGGCCGCCCGCGAGCGCUGCCCCCUCAGCGUGGUGGGCAGCAUCAGCGGCCGGGGCAGGAUCGUGCUGGUGGAUGACCUGAAGAGCCCUGUGCCUGAGGGGGGGGUCCCCGAGGGUCUGCCCACCCCUGUGGACCUGCAGCUGGAGUGGGUGCUGGGCAAGAUGCCUCGCAAGGAGUUCCUGCUGCAGCAGUCGGCUCCUGUCCUGCGGCCGCUGGAGCUGCCCCAGGACCUCCAGGUGCUGCAGGCCCUGGACAGGGUCCUGAGGCUGCCAGCGGUGGCCAGCAAGCGCUACCUGACCAACAAGGUGGACCGCUCAGUGACGGGGCUGGUGGCGCAGCAGCAGUGCGUGGGACCCCUGCACACCCCUCUGGCCGACGUGGCCGUGGUGGCCCUGUCCCACUGGGACACCCUGGGGGCGGCCACCUCGCUGGGGGAGCAGCCAAUCAAAGGGCUGCUGGACCCCGCCGCCGGCGCCCGAUUGGCUGUGGCCGAGGCCCUCACCAACUUGGCCUUCGCCAGGAUCACUCAGCUCAAGGAUGUGAAGUGCUCAGGCAAUUGGAUGUGGGCAGCCAAGGGCGGGGCCGAGGGCGGGGCCCUGCUGCAGGCCUGCAAGGCCUUGGUGGAGCUGAUGAAGGCCCUGGGGGUGGCCAUCGAUGGGGGCAAAGACUCCCUCAGCAUGACAGCCAGGGUGGGCACCCAGACUGUCAUGGCACCAGGCACCAUCGUGGUCUCGGCCUACGCCGUCUGCCCGGACAUCACUGCCACUGUCACCCCUGACCUCAAGUGUCCCCAGGGCCAAGGAGCCCUGCUGUGGGUGCACCUGAGCCCAGGGAAGCAUCGGCUGGGGGGCACCGCCCUGGCCCAGGUCUUCUCCCAGCUUGGGGACUGCUGCCCGGACCUGGAGUCCCCCCAGGGGCUGGCAGCAGCCUUUGGGGUGACUCAGGAGCUGCUGAAAGAGGGGGUGCUGGCGGCAGGCCACGACGUGAGCGACGGCGGCCUGCUGGGCUGCCUGCUGGAGAUGGCCUUCGCCGGCAACUGCGGCCUGCAGGUGGACAUUCCCCUCCCUGCUGUAGCCCUGGCCCUGCUCUUCUCGGAGGAGCCUGGGCUGCUGCUGGAGGUGCCCAGGGCCAGCUCGGAGGCCACCUGCCGCCGCUUCCAGCAGCUGGGGGUCUCCUGCGUCCCCAUCGGCCACAGCGGCCCCCAAGGCCCCCAGGCCCUGGUGCGGGUGGCGGUGCGGGGCAGGGAGGUGCUGCUGGCCCCCGUGGGCGAGCUGAGAGCCACCUGGGAGGCCACCAGCUUCCAGCUGGAGAGGCAGCAGACAGCCCUGGGCUGCGUGGCCCAGGAGGAGGCCGAGCUGCCCAGCCGCCGCGGGCCCAGCCUCAGCCUCACCUUCGACUACCUCCAGGAACCCCCGCUCCUCAGGUUGAUGUCCCCCCCGCUGCCCCCAGAGGUGCCAGGGCCGCGGGUGGCAGUGCUGCGGGAGGAGGGCAGCAACGGAGACCGGGAGAUGGCCUCAGCCUUCUGCAUGGCAGGAUGCCAGGUGUGGGACCUGACCACUGAGGACCUCUGCUCUGGCUCUGCCACCCUGGAUGGCUUCAGAGGUUUGGUCUUCGUUGGUGGCUUCAGCUACGGAGAUGUCCUGGGCUCAGCCAAGGGCUGGGCGGCUGCCGUCCGCUUCCACCCCAGGGUUGGAGCUCUGCUGGAGAGGUUCCGGCGGCGUCCGGACACCUUCAGCCUGGGCGUCUGCAACGGCUGCCAGCUGAUGGCGCUGCUGGGCUGGGUGGGGCCGCAGCCAACUGAGCCUGGGGGCCCCCCCGCGGUGGUGCUGAGCCCCAACCUCUCCGGGCGCUUCGAGUCUCGCUUCGUGGCCGUCAGGGUGGAGCCAGGGCCUGCCCUGAUGCUGAGGGGCAUGGAAGGAUCCUGCCUCGGCGUCUGGGUGGCACACGGCGAAGGCCGGUUCCAGUUCCGGGACCCUGCCUUGCUGGGGGCAGCCCUGGAGGGGUCCCUGGUGCCGCUGCGCUACGCCGACGACGCAGGAGCUCCGACCACCUCCUACCCCCUGAACCCCAACGGCUCCGCGGGCGGCGUGGCCGCCCUCUGCUCGCCCUGCGGCCGACACUUGGCCCUCAUGCCCCACCCCGAGCGGGGAGUCCUCUCCUGGCAGUGGCCUUGGUGGCCGCCGGCCUGGCCCGAGCCCCGGGCGGCAUCUCCGGAGGGGCUGAGGGUUGCCCCUUGGCUCAGGAUGUUCCAGAACGCGGCCGAGUGGUGCCUGAGGUAUCCUCAGGGGCAGUGCUGAGGGGGGAGCAGCAGGGGACCCAAAGGUAG